UAAAUUAUAAAAAAAAAAAAAAAAAGGAAAGACGGGCAUGUGAAUAAUGGAAGUGGUGAUGAGAGAAUGCGGAAGUGAAGGGAAAGAGCACGUUGUAACAUUAAUGGCUCACACAAAUCCAAGUUCUUAAUCUUCAAAACCCGCCUUUUAAAUAUAACCAAGCAUUGAAAAUAUGAGGCCGCCCCCUUAAUCUUUCUUCAUUCUCCUUCCAAUCAUGGCUACUGCUAAUCUUUUCAAAUUUUUCUUUGGUGUUUGUAUUCUUGUGCUGCUUCAUGGCCUGCACGCCUCGGCGCAGCUUUUCGUCGUCAAUGGUUGUGUCUACUGUGACACAUGUCGGUGUGGUUUCGAGACUAACGUCUCCACUCCCAUUUCCGGUGCAAGAGUGAGAUUAGAAUGCAGAGAUAGAGCCAAGUGGGUGUUGAAGUUUACCAAAGAAGUUAUAACCAAUUCCGAAGGAAAAUACACUAUUGAUGUUAGUGAAGACCAUAAGGAUGAAAGUUGUAAGGUAAUUCUUGUGAGCAGUCCUCACCCUAGCUGCAACCAGGCCGAUCGAGGCCGAAACAGUGCUACUGUUAUUCUCACCAACAACAAUGGCCUCACCAAUAAAUUUCGCUAUGCAAAUGCUAUGGGCUUCUUGAUUCGACGUCCUCUUGCUUUUUGCCCCACCAUUCUCAAGCAAUAUCUUGAUUACGACGAGUCGUUGUGA